CAUCUCUUCAAUGAUCAUCGAUCAUCUCGCAAUCGAGACUGAAACUCAAUUGAGGAGAACUUGCUGCGACUCACUUCCAUGGACAGAACUAAUUCCUCAGAACAAAGCCCACUACGAUCUGAUACCGACGAGACUAGUGGAGAAGAAACCGCGUUACGUAGUUUCUUCGCCUUUCCAUUCUCCUCGGACGAUGUUUAUCAGCAAGGUCUAGCGGACUUACUUGCGCACGGUGCACUGAGUGGGAAGACAGACGUCGAGAAGGCUGAAAUCAUCCUCCGAACGCAGCUGUUUUACUUCAACAGAGUGGUCGACCAAAACUUGACCGUAGAGGAUGUUCGGUCCUAUCAGAAUACCGCGGGCUCCCAAAACAUCACUGGGACCAUGGAUUUGUCACCUCCGUCCUCGAACUACCGAGACGACGAAACUCGCCUGCUGACGUUCGCCGAGCUGACGGCGCUGAUACAACAGGGGAAGACAGAUAGCAUUCCCAAUAACAAAGUCAUCCCCGAUACGCUUCAUGACGCACCUCCCAGUACUUCUAUAGCUUUGGCGCGGAAGAAACCCUGGGAAGUCGAGAACUAAAAUUCUGACCUUCCGUUGCCGACAUUAUUAUGAUUGAUGCAUCUUCACUCGCUUGAAAUAUUGGCCUCAAUUUGCUACUCAUGUCGACGUCUGUCAAGCAUUCACAAACCCACUCUAUGUUUGUCUCAUCAUCAAACCA